AUGCCUGUGGGUAUCAAUAAAGAAGGAUCUAGGUCCACCAACUCCCUACCCCCAGAUCCCAUGGAGAUCAUUAGGAGCAAGGCCUGUUCCAGAAGGGUAAAACUCAAUGUUGGAGGCCUGGCACAUGAAGUACUCUGGAGAACCCUGGAUAGGUUACCCCGAACACGACUGGGCAAGCUCCGGGAUUGCAAUACCCACGAGUCCCUGAUGGAGAUUUGUGAUGAUUACAACUUGGAGGAAAACGAAUAUUUUUUCGACCGUCACCCGGGGGCUUUCACAUCAAUCUUGAAUUUCUAUCGCACGGGCAAGCUGCACAUGAUGGAAGAGAUGUGCGCCCUGUCCUUCAGUCAGGAGCUUGACUACUGGGGAAUAGAUGAGAUCUACCUGGAGUCCUGUUGCCAGGCCAGGUAUCAUCAGAAAAAGGAACAGAUGAACGAGGAACUGAAACGAGAGGCUGAGACGUUGAGGGAGAGAGAGGGGGAAGAAUUCGAUGACACGUGCUGUCCAGAGAAAAGGAAGAAACUAUGGGACCUCUUAGAGAAACCCAGCUCCUCAGUGGCUGCCAAGGUUUUGGCGAUCGUAUCUAUUCUUUUCAUAGUGUUAUCCACAAUUGCCUUGUCGCUCAACACGCUUCCAGAACUACAAGUUAUGGAUGAAUACGGACAGGUCACAGACAACCCACAACUCGCUCAUGUGGAAGCCGUCUGCAUUGCGUGGUUCACGAUGGAAUACCUCCUACGCUUCUUGUCGUCCCCCAACAAAUGGAAGUUCUUCAAAGGCCCGCUGAAUGUCAUAGAUUUAUUAGCCAUUUUGCCAUAUUACGUCACCAUUUUCCUCACAGAAUCCAACAAAAGUGUGCUCCAGUUCCAAAACGUCAGGCGAGUGGUUCAGAUCUUCCGGAUCAUGAGGAUCCUGAGGAUUCUCAAGUUGGCGAGGCAUUCGACGGGGUUGCAGUCGCUGGGAUUUACGCUGCGCCGAAGCUACAACGAACUCGGGCUGUUGAUAUUGUUCCUGGCCAUGGGCAUCAUGAUAUUUUCUAGUCUGGUGUUCUUCGCAGAAAAGGAUGAAGACGACACCAAGUUCAAGAGUAUCCCCGCCUCUUUCUGGUGGGCCACCAUCACCAUGACAACCGUCGGCUAUGGGGACAUCUAUCCUAAGACUCUCUUGGGCAAGAUAGUCGGUGGGCUUUGUUGCAUCGCGGGAGUGCUGGUGAUUGCUCUUCCGAUACCGAUUAUCGUGAACAACUUCUCGGAGUUCUACAAAGAGCAGAAGAGACAGGAGAAGGCCAUCAAGCGGAGGGAGGCGCUCGAGAGAGCCAAGAGAAACGGGAGCAUCGUCUCGAUGAACAUGAAGGACGCCUUCGCUCGCAGCGUCGAGCUGAUGGACGUGGUGGUGGAGAGAGGCGGGGAAGACGAGGAGAAGAAGGAGAAGGUCCAGGACAACCACCUUUCGCCCAACAAACUGAAGUGGGGCAAGCGCAACGCCUCCGAAACCAGCUCCAUCAGGUCCCUCGACCCUAAAUACCCGGGGCACAGCUCUCCGGACAAGGCGCGCAGCCCGUGUCCGAGUCCCAGUCCGCAGCACCUGGAUGUCCAGAAACUCCAGGAGAUGUACAGCAAAAUGGGAAAGACUCAGUCUCAACCCAAUAUGAACGCGAGCCCGAAGGGUCGCGGGUCGAGAGCCGGACAGCCGGAGCAGAUGGAACUGGGGAGGAUCCCGGACCCCUCCGACCCGCUGCUGAGCGCACCGGGGGACGGGGUCGUGGACAUGAGGAGCGUGUCCAGCAUCGACAGCUUCAUCAGCUGCGCGGCGGACUUUCCCGACUCCGCCAAAUCCGGUCACAGUCCUCCCGCAGCGCUCUCCGGCAGAGCCGCUCAGUCACGGCACCGGGAGCCGGAGAGCGCACGAGGUGGGAGUGGCGGCCGGAACCGCGCGGGGGUCGGGAGCGCUGCGCACAGCCCUCUCCUCAUGGCCGCCGUCAGGACCGCCCUCCCCGCGAAGCCUCGAGCCCUCAGGGUGAACUUCACGGACGUCGGCGGGGUCGACCCUCUCCAAAACCCGGCGGCGGCGGACCCCGUCUCGUUGCCCGGUGCAGGGACACCCCCCACCGCCGCCCCCACCGCCGCCACCGCCCCCACCGCCGCGUCUGGAGGGGAACCACCCGAAAGCCCUCCACCCGAGGGCUUCACUUUCCACCACCACGACGGCGUGAAGAAGUACAUCGACGCGGACAGCGACGAAGACGAUCAGCCCCGAGGCGGCGCGAACCCGUCCCCGUCCCCGUCCUCGGGCUUCACUCCCGCCAUCACAGCGGCGGAUUUGUAUACGUUGGACAACCAGUGUGCUACUCUGAUGCCAUUUAAGUUAGGCUGCAACAAUUAUACACUUUCGAGGAUAGUAGAACAUAAGUUGUGA